AGUGCGUCUUUGAUGGCGGUUGAGCACACCAAUAAACGAGACAUCAGUUGGGCAAAUCAAAGUUAAAAUGGAGGACGAAGCUGACAUAUACGACGGCGUUAGGGCUCAGUUUCCUCUCAGCUUCGGCAAGCAAUCCAAGUCUCAGACCCCUCUCGAAGCCAUCCACAACGCCACGCGUCGAUCUAAUACCAAUCCUCCUCCUUCUUCUUCUUCUUCUUCGAAGCUUGCAACCGCAAGCGCUCUUCCUUCUCUCUCUUCUUCUUCUAAGGAAUGGCUCAAUUCCCUACGCUCCUCUAAAAACCCUACCCCUACACUUGCUGAUCGUGGUGGCGGUUCUGAGAUUGGCCCGCCGCCACCUCCGCCUCCGACAGCAGAGGAUGAUAACGACGAUGGCGCCAUGGUGGGGCCGCCUCCUCCUCCACCUACCGGGGUGGGUUCGGGGGCGGAUGAGGACGAAGACGACGAUAUGAUUGGACCGCCCCCGCCGCCGUCUGGUAACAAUUUGAACUCCGACGACGACGAUGAUUCCAAUGGAGAUGAGUUGGGGAACCGGUUCCGUAUUCCACUUAGCAACGAGAUUGUCCUCAAGGGCCACACCAAGGUUGUGUCAGCUCUUGCUGUAGAUCACACUGGAUCUAGAGUGCUUUCUGGAAGUUAUGAUUACUCAGUGCGGAUGUACGAUUUUCAAGGAAUGAAUGCUCGUUUGCAAUCGUUUCGACAACUGGAGCCCGCUGAAGGUCAUCAAGUUCGCAACUUAAGCUGGAGUCCAACAGCAGAUCGGUUUUUGUGUGUGACUGGAUCAGCUCAAGCAAAGAUUUAUGAUCGCGAUGGGCUUACUUUGGGAGAGUUUAUGAAGGGAGACAUGUAUAUUCGUGAUCUAAAGAAUACCAAGGGCCACAUAUCUGGAUUGACAUGUGGAGAGUGGCAUCCAAAAACUAAAGAGACAAUCUUAACAUCAUCAGAGGAUGGAUCACUGCGAAUAUGGGAUGUAAAUGACUUCAAAAGUCAGAAGCAGGUAAUUAAACCAAAGCUUGCAAGGCCUGGAAGAGUUCCUGUAACCACAUGUGCAUGGGACCAUGAUGGUAAACGCAUUGCUGGUGGUAUAGGAGAUGGUUCUAUACAGGUUUGGAGCAUUAAGCCUGGGUGGGGGAGUAGGCCAGAUAUACAUAUUGAAAAAAGUCAUUCAGAUGAUAUUACUGGUCUGAAAUUUUCUAGUGAUGGGAAUAUCCUAUUGUCAAGAAGCUUUGAUGGUUCACUGAAGGUUUGGGAUAUGCGUAAAACAAAGGAAGCAUUGAAGGUAUUUGAGGAUCUUCCAAAUAAUUACGGACAAACAAAUAUUGCAUUCAGUCCUGGUGAGAAUCUAUUUUUUACUGGAACAUCUGUUGAAAGAGAGAGCACAGUUGGGGGUUUAUUGUGCUUCUUUGAUAGAGCAAACCUUGAACUUGUUUCAAGAGUCGGCAUAUCCCCCUCUUGUAGUGUUGUUCGGUGUUGUUGGCAUCCUAAACUGAAUCAGAUCUUUGCAACGGUUGGUGAUAAAAACCAAGGAGGGACUCACAUACUAUAUGAUCCCACCAUCAGUGAAAGAGGAGCCCUUGUUUGUGUUGCACGUGCACCAAGGAAAAAAUCAAUCGACGAUUUUGAGGCAAAGCCUGUCAUUCACAAUCCCCAUGCCUUACCACUGUUUAGAGAUCAGCCAAGCCGUAAGCGUCAACGGGAGAAAGUAUUAAAGGAUCCAUUGAAGUCCCACAAGCCUGAACUUCCCAUAACAGGACCUGGCUUUGGUGGACGGGUCGGUGCAAGUCAAGGAAGCUUACUAACCCAGUAUCUUAUGAAGCAAGGAGGUAUGAUCAAGGAGACAUGGAUGGAGGAGGAUCCAAGGGAAGCCAUCUUGAAAUAUGCUGACGCAGCAGCAAAGGAUCCAAAAUUCAUUGCUCCAGCAUAUGCAGAUACUCAACCUGAGCCAGUGUUCGCAAAGUCGGAUUCCGAGGAAGAAGAAAAAUGAUUGGAUUAUGAAGUCACCACUUGCAAUCUCUAUCACUAGAUGGUAACUGCCGAGGGGAAGACAAAUAAAAGAGUGACCAAGUAAGAGGUACUUGACCCCAAGCAUUCUUGGGGCUAAUGCCAACCUUUCCGGCAGAAUAUCAUGUGCACUAGGAAUGAUGAAAUUGUUAGCUCCUCAAAUUUUUCUAUGGAUCUUCCAUGUGGAUGAGUAGUAUUGUAUUGUACAUUUUUUACGUGUAAUUUUACAAAACUUACAGAAAUUUAAAUAUGUACUAAUUGUAUCGAAGAUUUACCGGUUAUCAAUUGUGUCUGAUAGAGCUGAACCGUUA